UUUCCUCGAGGAAGCCACGGACGAGGGGGUGAGCGGUACACCUCCACUCCACCUCGACAUCAGAGCCAUGGCGAUCCGCUAUAAGUAGCCUCUCUCCCUCUUCCCCAACAUCAUCUUCUGCAGAAGAAAGGGAGGAGUUUGGUGCACACAACACGAUGAACGGAGCGAUCAAGGUGGGAGCAUGGGGAGGGAACGGAGGGUCGGCCUUCGACAUGGGACCUGCUCAUCGUAUCAUCAGCGUCAAGAUUUUUUCCGGAGACGUGGUCGACGCCGUGGACGUCACCUUCACCUACUACGGGAAGACGGAGACCCGACACUUCGGUGGCAGCGGUGGUACUCCCCACGAGAUUGUUCUGCAGGAGGGCGAGUAUCUGGUGGGAAUGACGGGAGAAUUUGGUAACUACCAUGGAGUGGUGGUGUUGGGGAAGCUUGGCUUCCGCACCAACAAGAAAUCCUACGGACCUUUCGGCAACACGGGAGGGACUCCCUUCUCCCUUCCUAUAGCAGCAGGCAAGAUCUCGGGCUUCUUCGGCCGUGGCGGCGAUUUUCUUGACGCCAUUGGGGUCUACUUGGAGCCAUAAUUGGACACUGCAGUAAAUCACAAGAGUUGCUAUGUGCAACUUCGAGUGAUGAGAUGAACGAUGUCUGCAAUAAAUGGAUCGGUGUUUGCCAUCCCCAGUUGUUGUUGGAUGUCGCUUGGAAUAAUAAUGAUAUGGUGUGUUAUCAUCA